AUGAGUGAGUGCACACAGGGGCUGCCUCGGUCUCGGUUCACCACCACCACACCCACAUCCUCCGGCACACGGAACCCCAAGCUGGCCACAGCAUCCACUACACCACCAGCCUACAACAGCACAUCAACCGAACGCACCACCACCACCACCAGACCCACAACCACCACAGAGGGCGUCAUCCUGGUGCUCGGGAACAUCGAUCUAGACGACCUUGACAUCCCUGAUGACAACACGAACUUUGACCUUGCUUACAGCAAAGGUUUGGCUAAGGACGCGACCUCGACCUUCAACAUGGACGGAGUUCAGGAUGACAUCGACACGGGAACCAGUAGAGAAUACAACCAAUGUAAAAUCUCGGAGAACAUCGGUUCAGCUCUCACGUGCCCAGCCACACGCGGCAAGCCGGGGAGCCGGGCCACCUUCUACCUGCUCUGCUACACCGGCUUCUUCGCCAUCGAGUGCCGCUGCCUGCCCGGACACUUCUACAACCGCUGUCUGCAGAGCUGUGACGUCAACGCCAACUUCCGGAAGUGUCCCUUGGUGCAUUAGCUCUGACGUCAGCAGGCCGUGGUGUGACGUCAGCAGGCCGUGGUGUGACGUCAUCAGGCCGUGGUGUGACGUAGAAACUCUCAUAUUUCACCGUGUUGUUUGGUCAGAUCACAUGACCUGAUAGCACGGCCUUGAUUGGUCCAAUCCCACCAGGAGCAGACGACAUUAUCUAGCAGAACUCUGGAAACCAUUUCUUAAACCAGAGGGCGGGAAGAUAAUCUAGUGCAGGGAGGUCAUG